CGACUUCAAUUGGUAUUGGCGAAAGAUCUGGUUCAUGAGAUGAUUCUUGUUGUUUCAGGUGGGGUAGCUGACGACCAUGGGUCGCUCGCUUCCCGUCGUGCGAAAUCCAAGUUUGGUGGCCAAACUUCGCAUGACCGCCCCGUUGGUUCUAUGAGGGGUGAUCCUUCGAAAAGGAAAAAGAUUGCCCAUAAACCUCAUGUUGAUCAGCGCUCCCAUGGGGUAGAUUCAGGAGGCUUUGCCGACGGGGAGGAAGGGUUCUUCGAGGAGGGCGAGCUUCCGCCAGGUCCGGUAUUCUCUGGGGCUGACAACAUGGACUGCUUCAUGCAGCAGGUGUGCGACGCCCUUCGUGAUGGCUCCCUGGGCAUUGAUCUGAACAUCGAUCUUGGGCAGGCAGAUGGUGUUGGUCCCACCGGUUCAUUUUCAGAUAUACCUACAUCCGGUGCUGCAGGUGUUGUGACAGAAGGGCCAGACGAGGAUGGGGCCUCCCCUAUUGCAGAUUUCGAAGAGCAGGGAUAUGUUCCUGCACCGGUUUUCCCGAGACCUGAUUCUGGACUGUUAGCCGAUAUGUUAGCUGAACAAGCUCCCACCGGGACUGUGAGACCACUCUUUGAGAGUGAUUCAUCCACAGGCGCUGUACCUGAUUCUGCUAUAGCUUCGGGUGUUUUCCCGCCUUCGCCUAAUACGACUGACUUGCCCACGAGGGUUGAUAUACCUUCCAUGAGCAUUCCUGUCGUUACUUCGGAGCCUGUCGAACCCCAACCCGAGGGGAUUUCCGCCGGUAUAGGUUCUCGACCGUCUCUAUAUGAGCAGGUCCAUGCUCUCUUGGCUGAUACCAAUCCAGAUGGGGAUGUCUUCCGCACUGACCUCGGUUUCUUUACUGCCUUUAAUAACGGUGUGAUUGAUAAGCUUCUGCACAGAGGGGAGUCAGAGAUUCGAGAGCUGAGGGAGUUGAAGGCUGGUGGAGCUCCCUCUUUUGCAUCUUCUCAGGUAGAGGAUAGGUUGACGCAGUGGCAUGAACUGCGAUCUUCCGUUGGAAGCGAGCUUCGAUCACGUGAGCGCACUGUCGAGCAGCUGAUGGCUUCUCUAGCGAGGAAAGACACCAGCAGAGCUGAGUUA